AAUGGAGCAGUCUACCUAAUCGCUUCAGCUUGCUACCCUAAUGGAAUUGUUGGCUUUUCCACGGUUUUUAGAUUCCAAGAAAUUGUUCCUCAUGGUUACCAUGUGCAGAAUCAUACGGAAACCAUUAGAAACUGGUAUAGCAAAAUUUAACAAAAGAAAGGAGCUUCUUCGACGGUGAUGAAAUUUCCAGACGAAGAACAUUGUACAGUACUCACAAAGAUGUCUCUUAUAAGAGUUCACAAUGUUGAAUGUUUGAACCAGCUAAAGAUACAGAGAGAAAGAGUUAAGAGACACAGAAACAUUGUGGGAACCAAGCAGGCAACUGACGGUUUUUGCACAAAUUUAGCACCACAAAGCUACAAUUGCUUCUAAGUUACAAAAGUUUUGCAAGUGUGAGCAUCGCGCAAGAAGGAUGUGUUUCUGAACAAAACCGUAAGUACAUUCAUCCUCAAGGAGAUUUUACACUAUCUCGUGUGAAUUCAUUAUCCCACCUAAAGAUAAUACAGCAAAUUAAAGAAGGCUUCAACGAUGAAUACUUGAAAAUCCUCAAGAAGACGUCAAUUGGGCAUUUACUUGAUAUGAAGCCGACCAAAUUAAGUGGUGCAAUUAUCAACUCUUUGCUACGAAGAGUGGUUGAGCCUCUUGUAGGUGACGAUCCGGAUUCUAUGUACUUUCGCAUUGGAGGUAAAGUUGUAAAGUACGGAAUUUGGGAGGCUGCACUUGUGACGGGUUUGAGUUUCAAGGGAAGUGAUGUUAUUCGUUCUCGUGGUUGUGCUGGAUCUGAGCUGAUUAAUAAAUACUUUCUUGGCAACAAAAGUAUCAAGUUGGAAGAGUUGUCAAGAAAAUUUGAUUCCGUCGAGCAGUCGACAGAUAAAGCUAAACUCGGACUGGUUCUUUUACUCCAGGGUGUUUUAAUGGGGGGGCGAAUAUGGAAAAGAUGUAAAUCUUGCAUACUUCCACAUGGUAGAAAACAUUGAGAAGUUCAACAAAUUCCCAUGGGGAAAGCUGUGUCACCGGAGGAUGCUGAGAUGUUUUAGAAUUGCUGUCAGCGGGAAAAAGUAGGUGGAGCAAAUUGGAAAGGGUAAGCCCAAUGCAACAGGCAAGUCAGCUAUUGCCGGGCCUGGAAGCUUUAAAUCUUGGUAUAAUUUGUAUGGUUUCCCAUACGCUUUUCAGGUCUGGGCCUUUGAAAUCAUUCCAAUUCUACGAGAGAGUUUUGCAAGUAGAUUACAACCGAAACAAUUUCCACUUGUGCUGCAUUACUUUUGUGACAGUACACGUCCAGAGUCUUCUGCAGUUGAAAAUAUACUGACAUCUAAGAUUGAAGUCCUGGCUUGCAUAAAACCCACAUAGGGGGAGAUGUCGUCAAAGCACAUGGGAUCUGUCCUCCUGAUGUCUGUUGACUUAUCAGAAUCAGAGGAUGAUGAUGAAGACAAAGCCGAGGAGAUGGAGAUAUCGAUGGAAAUGCAAUCUGCAAAUGAAAACUGGGAGGCAGCUAAGGAUAAGGAUGAUGGUUCAGAAACACAAGCACCCCAAUCCUGUUCUAACCAGGAUACCCAGCUUUUGGGAGAGGUUUUUGCACAGGUUAAGGAACUCACAUCAAAGGUUUCCAGAAUGGACAAAGAGAUGUCAAAACUUAAGGAUGAUGACAACCGCAAUAACCAGGCUUCUAUAAAGAUGCAGGAGGUUAUAGAUGAAGAUGAGAGGCUAAAAGGCUUUGUGAAUGACUUGGGUGAGGAGGUGUACGAGGCCGCCAUAACUGUUCUUUCGGAGAUGAAUGACUACAGUCUGAGUGGAAGGUAUAGUAUUCCUGAAUGGAGGAACUUUAAGAAUGGUGGAAUGGAGAUAUUGAAGGAAGUUGCUUCAUUUACGCUGGAACAGUGGAGGACCCUUAAGAAAACAUUUGAAAAUGAUAAAGAAAUCAAGAGUCUGGAAACGAAAAUGAAAGAAAUGGAGUACGAGAGUAAGAACUUGACGUAUCAGAAUGAUGAGCUACGUAAACAUUAUAAUAAAGAAAUAAACAAGAUGCAACAGAACCAUAAGAAUCAUUUGGAAAGGAUCAAUAGGGAGCAUGAAGAUCUUAAGUCGGAAAUCGAAUCGCAAAGGAAAGAGAGGGAGGUACGCGAAAUGGUAUUGCGGAUUGCUGCAGAGAAAAAGAAAAUAGAAGAGGAUCUUCUCAAGAAAAGAACUGAACUGGAAAAAGAUAGGGCUAGAGGUAAACUGGAAUUAGAAUUUGAGGUAUCCAGCUAUAAGAUGAAAGAGGUGAGUGAGAAACCGGAAAAAAAGGAAAGACAACAUGAAUAUCUUGAAGAUCUGAGCCAAAUCCUUAUUGCCAAGGAGCGGAAAAGCAAUGAUGAGCUGCAGGAAGCUCGUAAAGAACUGACCAGGGAACUAAGAGAAAUGCCUAGUCGUGCUUUUAUCGGGGUUAAGAGAAUGGGAGAGCUUGAAAUGAAACCAUUUUAUGAGAUGUGCAAAGGGAAAUAUUGUAGUGAUGAAGCAUAUGUGAAAGCCGUAGAGAUCUGCACCUCCUGGGAAGCAUGUCUUAGAGACCCACAUUGGCAUCCUUUUAAAAUCAUUGAAGUUGGAAAUAACCAUCAGGGCGGCAGAAAGUUUACUUUCGUAGUUUUGUGGAAGGAGACAAUAAAUGAAGACGAUGAGAAGCUGAGAGGCCUUAGAAACGAGUUUGGUGAGGAAAUAUACAGGGCUGUCACAACCGCCAUCCUGGAGAUGAAUGAGUGGAAUGCAAGCGGGAGGUUUGUUGUUUCGGAACUUUGGAACUUCAAGGAGGGGAGAAAGGCAUCGCUGAAGGAAGUAAUAUCUCAUAUACUGAAACAGUUAAAGACCCUCAAGCGGAAGAGGACCUGAUGUCUGUAUGAAAGAGUUCAUAUCAAAUUGUUGUUGGUAUCUUCCGAACCCACAGACGAACGUGGCGUUGAAAUUGGAGGUAAAUGUAGUGAAACUUGAAGUUGGUGCAAGGGGCAUGUAUCUAUCUCGCAUGAAUUUCCUCAUGGCCAUGAUGUUAUUCUCUCCCCGACUUUGCUCUCCCCUUUUGUAUCUUUAGCGGGAGGUCUGUAUGUUGUUUUAGCAAAGGCAGCAGUUACCAACCUUUUGUUAUAGUUAUGGUCUUAAUCUAUCGAAAUAUAUCACCAAGUUGUAAGCUUAUGUUUUAUAGCAAGGAAUGUAGCUAACACACUAGUGGUUUGUUUUGUUAGAUUCAGCUCUGUAUAUUCUCUUUUAAAUCACAGAGAAACUUU